AUGCUGCGCCUCAAGAAUGUGCCGCUGGCUCGGCUGGCCCGCCCUGCACCACCUCGAUCCAGCUCCGUCUUGAUCUCCCGACCUUGGUCGACGUCGGCAUCGCCCUCGUCUCAAGCCGCGCUCGAGGUUGCCGACCCACUCUUGCUCUACUACAGCCUCGUCGCCCAGGGCAAGGUUAAGAAGGACGAGGAACAGCUGCGGGCGCUCGUUCAGCUCCGCAAGCUCCACACCGAGCUCAUCGACUACCAGCCACCAGUCCACCUCCUCACCCUCCUCGAGUCGAUCCGCGCCAUCAGCUCGCCGCCCUCCUCGUCCACCUCGGCCGUCACGACCACCUCGUCCCUCCCCGCAUGGCCGUUCAAGCGCUCGCCCCUGUCGAACCUCGGCAUGGACCUGUCGUCCGAGGAGGAGGCCGACCGCCAGUCGCUGUCGCUCCUGAGCGAGAAGCAGAAGACGACGGAGCUCGUCAAGGUCCUCAAGGCGCACGAGGGCCUCGAGGAGCUCGACACGCCCAAGGGCUUCCUGUUGACGGGUCCGCCGGGUACGGGCAAAAGCCUCCUCAUGGACCUCUUCUUCCAGAGCCUGCCAGUGCCGCACAAGGUCCGGUACCACUACCACGCCUUCCUCCUGUCGCUCUACCAGGCUAUCCACCGCGCGCUCGAGCGGCAACGACUGCAGAACGAGGAGGAGGAGCGAGCGGCCAACGAGCUGUACAAGCGCGGCGACAAGGGCGGGUACCCGUGGAGCCGCAAGGAGGAGAUGAAGGCGCGGGCGAUCAGCCAAGGGUGGCAAACCGUCUUUGCCGGAGGACGCUCGGCGAGUGACCCGGCGCUCAACACGCGCGAGUUCGUCCUCGCGCAGGUCGCGCUCGACCUCAUCAAGACGCACGGUUGGCUGCUCGCGUUCGACGAGGUGCAGCUUGUCGACAUCGCAGGCGCAGGCCUCGUCAGCCGGGUCAUGAGCUGGUACUGGCGCCUCGGCGGCGUCGUCGUCGGCACGUCCAACCGCGUUCCUGAAGACCUCUACAAGCAGGGCAUCCAGCGCGCCACCCUCUCGCCCUUCCUCGGCGCCCUCGCCGUCCGCUCGCCCGUCAUCAACCUCUCGUCGCCGACCGACUACCGCCUCAUCGCGCGCUCCCAGAUCUCGCUCUCGCCCGAGACGGACGCCGUCACGCCGGGCGACUUUGGCUCGACCGAGGCGUGGACGCGCUGGGGCACGCGCUCGCGAGGGUGGUUCGUCAAGGGCGAGGACGACGCGGCGUGGCAGGACGCGCUGCGGUGGGUCGUCGGCGACGCCGAGGGUGCGCAGAAGGUCCUGAGCGUGUACGGGCGCAAGGUGACGGUGCCCUGGGCGUCGGGCGGGGUCGCGAGGUUCUCGUUCAAGGAGCUGUGCGAGAAGCCGCUCGGGCCCGCCGACUACAUCACGCUCGGCAGCGAGUUUCACACGCUCGUCCUCGACGACGUUCCUGUUCUCCCGCUCAACGCCAAGAACGAGGCCCGGCGGCUCAUCACCCUCCUCGACGCUCUCUACGAGACUAAGACUCGCCUUCUCGCCUUCGCCUCUGCCCCGAUCGACUCGCUCUUCUUCCCCGACGCCGUCACGCCCGAGGCGCCUCCUUCGCCCGUCGACGCUAUCCUCGACGACCUCCCUACCUCGUUCGCCGAGUCGUCGGGCUCGCACGCCCCCGGCGACUCGGGCCCCGUCCACGUCCUCGACAACUCGACCUUUUCCCUCCCGCUCAACGACUCGAUCUCGGCCAAGGGCUCGUCGCGGUACGACGCGCAGGACGCGGCGGGCGAGGUGACCGACUCGCUCGUCGAGGAGAUGCUCGGCGACGUCCAGCAGGACCUCGACGCGCCGUACCGCCCCAACAUCUCGGCGUACGACGAGAGCGCCAACGUCGCCGCCUACGAGCGUGACGCGGCGCGCAAGAUCGAGACGCAGGCGGUCGAGGAGCAGCUCGAUCGGCAGCUGCGACGGCGGCGCGAGCAGGAGGCGAGGGCGCCCAUCCACCCGAGCGCGGCCACGCCGAGCUUCCAGAACCUGUCCAUCUUUACCGGUGAGGACGAGCGCUUCUCGUUCAAGCGCGCCGUCUCUCGCGUCCACGAGAUGUCGUCCGCCGAGUACCUCGUCACGGCCGAGCACUCGCCCAUGCCGUCACACGUGCGUUCGUGGGAGACGCCUUUCGCCUCGUCGAGCGCUGUCGCCGAUGCCGCGGCCGCCGCCGCACCACCUCGACACGCUGUCGGCGACAAGGCGCCCCUCGGCGACGACCGCCUGAACGGCGUGCUCGACCCGGCCGACCUGCGCGCCAAGUGGCCCGACGGCACGCCUCGCGAGGGCAAGGAGGUCGACGUGCGAAGGGAGCGACCGGUCCUGAGGGAGGAGCACGUGUGGGGCGUGCGCGAGUGGGGCAAGAAGGCGGGCAGGUGGGGGCAGGGCGCAAAGGCGUACGAAGGCGAGGCCAAGUAGACUGACCAUUCCUCUUUGCGGUCAAGAGCUGCAGUAUAUUCUGAGCCACGGC